UUGAUGGUUGCAUUGACUGGUCAGUGGAUCUCAAGACAUACAUGGCUUUGGCAGGUGAACCAGUCCGAGUGAAAUGUGCCCUUUUCUACAGCUAUAUCAGAACUAAUUAUAGCAUGGCCCAAAGCACAGGUCUUAGGCUUAUGUGGUACAAAAACAAAGGAGAUUUAGAAGAACCCAUUAUAUUUUCUGAAGUUAGGAUGAGCAAGGACGAAGAUUCAAUAUGGUUUCACUCGGUUGAGUUGCAAGACAGUGGUUUCUACACCUGUGUUCUAAGAAACUCAACGUAUUGCAUGAAGGUGUCCAUGUCCUUGACGGUAGCUGAGAAUGAAUCUGGGCUUUGCUACAACAGCAAGAUCAGAUAUCUGGAAAAAUCAGAAGUCACUAAGAGAAAGACAAUCUCCUGUCCUGAUAUUGAGGAUUACAAAACAGCCGUUCAAGAGCCAGAUGUGGUGUGGUACAAGGAAUGUAAGCCAAAAAUGUGGAGAAGCAUUGUAAUUCAGAAGGGAAAUACUCUCUUAAUACAAGAGGUCCAGGAAGAAGAUGGAGGAAAUUAUACUUGUGAACUAAAGUUUGAAGGCAAGCUUAUACGAAGAACAGUUGAAUUGAAGGUUACUG